CUGGCAGGUACUGUUUUACUCUCUCUUUCCUCUCUUCUCUACCCCCUUCUCUCUUCACCUCUCUUAUCUACUCACCCCCCUAUCUCCUUUAUUCUCUGCAUUCUUUUUUAAAACCAGAGCGCCCAGUUUUAGUGAUACAACAACACCACGUUUAGUAGCCAAACGUCGCCCAAAUAAUGUUUUUAUACGCGGAAGUAUAAGUGAAAGUAAAAAUAGCUAAAGCUACACGAGCUCACUGCAAUAGGACGCGAGAAAGAUUUUGGGGACAAGAUAUCCUUCAUGUUGGGACAUACCAGUGAUGGGGCAGAAUCACACCCUGUGACAUGGCUUGUACAAGGCAAUCUGCUUUAGAGUACAUUCAAAAUGGAAGGAGACUCCUUGUUGAAAGGCUCCAGAAUCUGUCCCUCGUUCUGGAAAACCUGUUCCAGCGCAAGGUUCUUCAGGAGGAGGAAGUCAGUAAAAUUCAGGCAGAAGUUGACCGUUUUGACCAAACCAGAAAAAUACUGGACUGGGUCACGGCCAAAGGAGAAGCUGCAUGCUACGAGUUACUGAUGAUUCUACACAUCACAAGGAAGAGGACCUUAGACAACGCUGACUUACAGCAAUGGAUAAGCUGCUUCCCCUUCAAGGAAGACCCAGAGAUGACAGACUACCUUGUUGGUUCAAAACCCUGUCACAGAUAUCAGUCACAGCUGAAAUGUAAAGCUCGGAAGAUCACAGAGGGUGCAUGGAAACAAAGCUCUCGUCUCCUACCAGAGAGGAAUAGAAAUGAGGUGACUUUCUCUUACACUCCUCUUGUGUUAGAUACAGACGUGCCUUCAUCUCUCUCUAAAAUCGAAACGAAGAGCAAAAGAUGCAAGAAAGCUCGCCCUAAAAAGCUAAAGAGCUUCAUCCCCAUGGCCAAACAGGAAACGUCCCCGGCUGACCUGCUUAAAACACCCAUGAAAAGGAUCCUCUUAUUUGGAAAACCUGGAAUUGGAAAGACAGCAGUCGCCCAUCAAAUGUUGAACCUCUGGGCACAGAAAGAUCACAGAGAACUAGAUUACAUGUUUUAUUUUGAUGUGAGAGACAUUUCACCCAGUACAAAUCCCAUGAGACUGGAGGACCUUCUCUUUAACAUGUACAGUGAGCCAGAAGAAAGUAGAGAAGAAGUGUUACAGGAUAUUAAGAAGAACUCUGAAAAUGUUGUCAUCAUUUUUGAUGGAAUCACAGACCUCUCCUCUCAUUCGGUAAUAAAGAAACUUGUGGACAAGGACCUCCUCCCUGGUGCAAAGAUUGUGAUCACAUGCAGACCAGAGGUACCAUCAGGAGACUUCCUGACAGACUGGCCCUCGUUCAGAGUGGAGGUGAAAGGGUUCAGUAAUGAGUCCAUCUGGGCUUACUUAACAACGAUGCUGAGUGCUGAGCCUAACCCUACGCCAAACCAUGACUCCUUGAGCAGUGUGUUAAACAACCUAGAGUUGUUCAGUCUGUGCCAUGUCCCGAUGUAUGCAUUGAUGGUGGUUGCCUGCAUUUAUUAUUCUACCCCAGAGGCUUCUAAGCAGCCAUGGACUACAACUAAGAUGUACCUCAACAUCCUCCGUUACUGCAUCCUAAAACACAGUGGCAAACAGAUGAAUGAUCUCGACAAGUGUCUCGUAGAAAACAGAGAAAAAAUAUUGUCUUUAGCAAAAAUUGCUUUUGAUGCAACACUGCAAAAAACGAUGAACUUGACAGAACUGACCUGCGAACUAAGCAGUGUCCAGUUUUCUUUCUUGGGAGCGCUUAUGAUUAUGGUCGAGCCCACAGUCUCAGACACUUACUCUGCAUUUCUCCAUUACACAAUGCAGGAGUUCUUUGGUGCCCUUUGGCUCUUACAGAAUCCAGACAAAAUCAGAGAGGUUCUAGAGAAGUGCCAGACUGAAGAAUGGAAACACACAAAACACAUGGUUCAUUUCGUAUGUGGGCUUCUGAAUGAGAGGAAUAUUCGAUUGGUAAAUGGUCUAGUUCCAGCUCAACAGAUCAAGAAGACGUCAGAUUGGUUCUUCAAGGAAGUGGUGAACACAUUUCUUCCACUUCAAACAAACCAAGAUCAGGCAGAAGGUGGUGCUCCUGAGUUUGAGAUAGAUCUUCUGUUUUUAUGUCAGUGCUUGUAUGAAUCUCAGUCUACUGAGGCCUGUUUGCUUCUUCUGGACAAACUGGACUACAAUCUAGACCUGGUUGAAGAACAUCUUGAUCCUCACCAGUGCUGUGCAGUCUCCUAUAUGAUCAGUCAGUCUGCAGAGAGAAAGGUCGGCUUGGACCUAAACAGCUGCACUGUGUCAGACCAAGGACUAAGGCUGAUACUGGCCUCUCUGAAGAAUGUCCGAUAUCUCAGAUCUGACCCCUCGAUGCUGUGUCAACUCUGGACAACUUUGCUGCGCAGUGAGGCAGACAUUGACUUCACCAGCUUACUUGGUCUCUGUGGAAAUGAGUUGCGCCUUCCAUUCCUGGGUGAAAGACGAGUGUUUGAGAGAGCAGAAGAAGUGAUGAAGCAGAGCCUAGAGAGGGUUAACCUCUGUCUACACUGGGAUCGGACAACUCUUCUCAGUGAAGCUCUCAGCAAGACCAUUUUAAAGUGUUUGACACAUAUCAACAAACUCAGUUUUACCCCACUACAACAUCAGAGAGGAUCCCCUGAAAAACUAGAGAAAGAAGAAAAAGCAGUCCUACUAGAUUUGUGUCUACAAGCAGGAUUAAAUCACAGAGAAACGUUCCAGGGUGCUGUGAACACCCUGCUGUCACUGUUCUCUGUGUAUCAAACUGAAAGAUAUGACAUCCUGCUGGAUCUGUACUCACAUGUGAAGGACUAUGAGACUCAAACAGGCAGGAGUGUCCUUCCAGCAUUACAGCCAGUUUACCAGUCAGCUCCUGCAGUCUGGUCCAUAGACCUCUCAGAGAGAAAGGUCUCCCUCCUCCUAGAAGUGCUGAAACUCCAACCAGUAAAGAAACCAGUACAGCUGAAAGGCUGGUCAGAUGAAGAGAGUGAAGUGAGGAGUUUCCUUCAGUGUCUGCCCUACAUCUCACAGCUGAGUUUUACUCCACCACAGGAUCACGGAAGAUCUCCUGAAGACUGGAGAAAGAGAGAGAAGACAUUCCUACUGAAUCUGUGUCUUCAAGCAGCCCUCCAUGAGAGAGAAACCAUACAAACAACUGUAGAGAACGUGUUUUCAAUGUCUGAAGUUUAUCACGAUCGGAAAUGGAGUCUCCUACUGGAUCUGUACUCGCAUGUUAAGGGCUAUGAGACUCAAACAGGCAGGAGUGUCCUUCCAGCAUUACAGCCAGUUUACCAGUCAGCUCCUGCAGUCUGGUCCGUAGACCUCUCAGAGAGAAAGGUCUCCCUCUUCCUAGAAGUGCUGAAACUCCAACCAGAGAAGAAACCAGUAGAGCUGUGGGGCUGGUCAAAUGAAGAGAGUGAAGUGAGGAGUUUCCUUCAGUGUCUGCCCUACAUCUCACAGCUGAGUUUCUAUCCAUGGUUGUCUGAUAACUCAAAGCUGAUCAAGUUCCUGGUGGGUCUCCUGUCUCAAGCAGCAGAGUGGGAGGAGCAGACAGGAGAGAAGACACUGAAGCUGCUAUCAUCAGUGUGUACUUACAGCACUUUCCCUCUCUGUGACGGGGAUGAUGACGACGAUAAGUGGUUUCAAUGUGAUUUCCUGCUGGAUCUGUACUCACAUGUGAAGGACUAUGAGACUCAAACAGGCAGGAGUGUCCUUCCAGCAUUACAGACAGUUUACCAGUCAGCUCCUGCAGUCUGGUCCGUAGACCUCUCAGAGAGAAAGGUCUCCCUCCUCCUAGAAGUGCUGAAACUCCAACCAGAGAAGAAACCAGUAGACCUGAAAGGCUGGUCAGAUGAAGAGAGUGAAGUGAGGAGUUUCCUUCAGUGUCUGCCCUACAUCUCACAGCUGAGUUUCCUUCGAUGGUCGUCUGAUAACUCAAAGCUGAUAAAGUUCCUGGUGGGUCUCCUGUCUCAAGCAGCAGAGUGGGAGGAGCAGACAGGAGAGAAGACACUGAGGCUGCUAUCAUCAGUGUGUACUUACAGAACUUUCCCUUUCUGUGACGGGCAUGAUUAUCAUAAGUGGUUUCAAUGUGAUUUCCUGCUGGAUCUGUGCUCACAUGUGAAGGACUAUGAGACUCAAACAGGCAGGAGUGUCCUUUCAGCAUUACAGCCAGUUUACCAGUCAGCUCUUGCAGUCUGGUCCAUAGACCUCUCAGAGAGAAAGAUCUCCCUCCUCCUAGAAGUGCUGAAACUCCAACCAGAGAAGAAACCAGUAGAGCUGAAAGGCUGGUCAGAUGAAGAGAGUGAAGUGAGGAGUUUCCUUCAGUGUCUGCCCUACAUCUCACAGCUGAGUUUUACUCCACCACAAUAUCAGAGAAGAUCCCCUGAAGACUUGAGAAAGAGAGAGAAGACAUUCCUACUGAAUCUGUGUCUUCAAGCAGCCCUCCAUGAGAGAGAAACCAUACAAACAACUGUAGAGAAAGUGUUGUCACUGUCUGAAGUUUAUCACGAUCGGAAAUGGGAUCUCCUGCUGGAUCUGUACUCACAUGUGAAGGACUAUGAGACUCAAACAGGCAGGAGUGUCCUUCCAGCAUUACAUCCAGUUUACCAGUCAGCUCCUGCAGUCUGGUCCGUAGACCUCUCAGAGAGAAAGGUCUCCCUCCUCCUAGAAGUGCUGAAACUCCAACCAGAGAAGAAACCAGUAGACCUGAAAGGCUGGUCAGAUGAAGAGAGUGAAGUGAGGAGUUUCCUUCAGUGUCUGCCCUACAUCUCACAGCUGAGUUUCCUUCGAUGGUCGUCUGAUAACUCAAAGCUGAUCAAGUUCCUGGUGGGUCUCCUGUCUCAAGCAGCAGAGUGGGAGGAGCAGUCAGGAGAGAAGACACUGAAGCUGCUAUCAUCAGUGUGUACUUACAGCACUUUCCCUUUCUGUGACGGGGAUUAUUAUGAUAAGUGGUUUCAAUGUGAUUUCCUGCUGGAUCUGUACUCACAUGUGAAGGACUAUGAGACUCAAACAGGCAGGAGUGUCCUUCCAGCAUUACAGACAGUUUACCAGUCAGCUCCUGCAGUCUGGUCCAUAGACCUCUCAGAGAGAAAGGUCUCCCUCCUCCUAGACGUGCUGAAACUCCAACCAGAGAAGAAACCAGUAGAGCUGAAAGGCUGGUCAGAUGAAGACAGUGAAGUGAGGCGUUUCCUUCAGUGUCUGCCCUACAUCUCACAGCUGAGCUGUGAUUCUGACAGGUUCUUCCAGCGCGUGUGUGAAUCCAUCCCUGUGAGGUCCAGAGAGGAUGCCCAGCAGUUGGCCUCUCUCCUCCAGGCCUUGGGCUCCACCCUGUCACUGGGAGAUCAGUUACCCAGGAAAACAUGCAGGUCUGUGGUGAGAGUCCUAGGCCUCUGUGCCUCCAGAGUGGACCUCACUCUCACCCCCAGCAAGAUCUCUCUGAAAGGAGCCUCGCUUCUCUUCACACGUGUGUCACAGCUACACAAGCUCAGGCUGAAUGUGGGCAUGUCAGUGAGACUGGCCAGACUGGCUAGGAGGACAGGGAGAGGUGGUACUCCACUGACUGUCCCAGAACUCACCCUGGUCCUAAAGAGCAGCCAGCCACCAGAGAGAGUGUUAUCCAGAGCUCUGAGUAGUGUGGCGUCCCUGCUGAGAUUCUGGACAGUGCAGUGUUUGGACCUGACUGACUUCUGCAUCCAGGGUCACUCUCUCAUCACACUGCUGUGUCACCAGGGCCCUCUCACUCUCAGACUGCACUCAGACACUGCAGCAGCUGGCUGUAGUUGUGUAUGAAGCUCAGGACAAGGACUUGACUCAGUGGUUCAUGGAGAA